AUGCAAAAAUGGCGAUUGCAUUGCACUGUACCGCAUGAAAAUGGGGCGAGCACCAAGCGCAGGCACGAGGGCGGAAAGCUUUGUGGUCUGGAAUUAAAGAGAAGGAAUGGUAAAACUCCCUUUCGACGACGACUGAAGGAGAGGGACACGAAGUCGGCUCUCCCGGCUCAGAUAGCCCUAGAGCCCGGCACCCUCGGUAACGGCUCGUCGGAAGUCCUACACAAGGACUGUUGCCGACGGGUUGAGCACGGCGACGGCGUCGGCACAAGGGCUGUCUCUCGGCGGCACUCCAACGGCAAGACGACGGCGACUCUCAGCUCUCACACACUCCUCUCACAAGGUCACAGAGAACCAAGGGUUUUUCACUCACAGAAAAGAGAGAAAGCAGGAGCGCAGCAGAGAAGAGAGCAGAGGGUGUGUUAUGUCGUGUUGGUGGCGAAAAUGAGAGAUAGGACCGCUCGCUUUGCAGUUACGAGAUUCACAAAAUUGAAUUUGGUAUUCUUCAUCCACAUAUGCAUAAAGGAAAAGCAACAGCAUCUCCAGGUCCAGCCUUCUUCUUCAAUCUGGUCUUCACAAUUACAGGUUUCGGGUCUUUAUCAUAUUGCUGAUAUGGAUACUGCAUCAAGUCAAGGCUUGUACCCACUGCACCGCUGCAAAACUAUUCACUUGGUGCGGCAUGCUCAGGGAUUUCACAAUGUAGCUGGAGAAAAGGAUCACAGUGCAUACAUGUCUCCAGAACUUUUUGAUGCACAUCUUACCCCUCUUGGUUGGCUGCAAGUGGAUAAUCUGCGCAAGCAUGUUCAUUCAUCGGGUAUUUCUAAGAGAAUUGAAUUAGUUGUUGUUUCCCCUCUGUUGAGGACUAUUCAAACAGCUGUUGGGGUUUUUGGUGGAGAAGCUUAUGCUGAUGGAAUUGAUGCACCUCCUCUAAUGACAGCAAACGCUGGUGACAGUAACCAUCCUGCGAUUUCAAGUUUAAACUCCCCACCAUUUGUGGCAGUAGAACUUUGUCGUGAGCAUUUGAUAGAAACGGAUGCUGACACUCUAUGGAAACUUGAUGUCAGAGAGGCAGAUAAAGACCUUGCUCAGAGGGGACUGAGAUUUUUGAAUUGGUUGUGGACACGCGAGGAAACUGAGAUAGCUGUUGUUACUCACAGUGGAUUCUUAAUUCAUACCCUUGCUGCAUUUGGAGAUGAUUGUCAUCCAUCUGUAAAGAAUGAAAUAUGCAGACCAUUCAACAAUUGUGAACUUCGAUCGGUGGUCAUUGUUGAUAAAAGUAUGAUCUCUUCAAGUGCUUCGAAAACUGAUUAUCCGGGAAAGAUUCCUCGUGGGCCCGAUGCCCCUAGUGAUUCUGCUGAUGAAAAACAUUGAUGGUUUUUCAUUGUUUGUACUACUGGUUUUAUGGGUGCUUAUAUGAUUGAUUCUUAGAUUAAUUAACAGAAAUCCCCAGAACAUGGUCAAGUGAUUCAGUAUGAUAGCUUCACUCCCUUUUAAUUAGAGAUAAAAUUACAAUUUGGUGAAACUGUUUAGGCUAAAGAAGGUUGUGCAAGACAUUUAUUGCUUUUAGCUUAAAUUGUUUAGUUUUAUGUUUAGGAUCAUAGCUCACUUGAUGUUGAUGCAGUGCGUUGUGCCCCACUGCUAUUGUUUUUCUUUCUCCCUCGAAGAUUUGAAGUUGUACUUGGAAAGAACCGUGGUUAAUGGUUAUUAAAAUCGGUUUAGCUUAGUAAAGCUUGCAGACUAUUUUAUAACGGC